UCUAUGGUCAUAGUCAUUUUGGUUUUGACAACCACUUCACUGAUUGCAGAGAUGAGUAGAACCCAAGGUAGAACAAUGGACGGUGAAACUCGAGGCAUGACUUCUGAUUUUGACAAUGAAAGUCCUGGUGGUAAUGCAGUGGAAGAUUUGACACAAAACUUGCCUCUCGCCUGGUCCAGUCCUGCUUUAGAUCAAACCUAUGACAAUGCAGUGCCUAAGGACACAGAAGGAGAUAUUUCUUCCUUAUUGGGCCUGAGAAAAUGUGUGCCAUUCUUCUUCUCAUCCCCGGAAGGCCAUUCAAAGUCAGAGUUAUUUCUCAGCACUCACGUUUUCAGUGAGGCUUUAUCAUCUUUGCCGUCACAUUUUGAUCGGCGUCAGUUACUCGAUUUCUGUCUUUCCCUCAAAAUUAUUUCAAAGGAAUCUCAUUCACAUUUGCUGCAAUUAGAAACUAUGACAUUUCCACUGGAUUGCACUUUUCUUCCUGCCUCAGAAACAAUUGAAAGUUUUGACAAUGUUUUGAAACUUUGGAAUGCAACUGAAAUUAUUGUGCAGCAGCUUCAGUUAGCUGCACAGUAUCUAAAAGAUGAAAUCACUGAUGCUUUACUCAUUAUCCUCUCAUUUCGUAUUUCUGCUGAUCACAUACAACCUCUUGCUGACUGCCUCAGCUGCUCUGUUCCUGAAUCCAGUGGGUCAGUGUCUUUUAAAGCUCUUCAAAUUCUGUGGGACUGGAGGGACAAGGAAGCACUGCAUGCCAAUUGUCGUACAUUAGUCAAAGCUUUUCUUACGUCUGAGAUAGUACCAAUUGACAUUACCAGAUUUGUGAUUAGUUAUAUCAAAUCAGAGCAUCAGGCUCAGACAUCAGCCACUUCAAGCAGCAAAAAUGAAGGGGACGAACCAUCUAUAACACAACUGAGACUAAACUUUGCACAAUCGUACGUUAAAGUUAUUGAAGAUAUCGCACAAGAGCGCAUAGUUGAUUGGCUGAAAGUGACAAGUGAAACUGAUAUUCACGUUUUCAUCCUGAAGCGCUGCAACUGGGUUAAUUAUGACCUUCUAGAAGAGCUCGAUAAUGACCUUGGAAAUAAUAAGGUUUUUGCUAUGUAUGUUGAGCAAUAUAAGAGCACUAUGAAAGAUUUUAAAGUAUUUCAAAUUCCUUCACAAUCUAUUCCUGCUGUUCUGGCAUCUGGUUACUCUAUUUUUUUCAUUCUUAUUCAACCACCAAUGCGAGAUCUUUAUUCUGGCUCGGUAUUACACGAAAUAAAAUUGAAGUUGUCAAAGAAAUUGAAUACAGAAGCUGUACACAUUUUAAUCAGUGGCAUUGUCGUCGAUGAAGCAAGUCUAUGGAUUCGUAUUUCAAUUGAGGAGCAAAUACUUCAAAAAGUUUCAGAUGAUAAUAUAUGGAAGCAUCAGAAACAGAUUGAUUAUGAUACAUUGUAA